CCAACAUGCUCUUCACCUCAUGUCUCACAUGGCUCGGUGAUGUGGAGAAUAAGUUUACAAUUGCAAAGACUCUGCUUCCUAUUGCUGUCUCGCAGAUUCCUGCUUUGGUGGCUUCUACUUUCGGGAGCUAGUUCCACGAAUGCCGAGACCUUACUAUUUAGCGAUAAUGUUCCCACCAUGGAAUAUGGUAGCUUUCGGAAUUCUCCUCUCCAGCAAACGACACCAAUGACAGCCCCUCACAAAGUCUCCGGCCGGCCACCGAAAGUCAACUGCGGGUUUAGCUUUAAACAGAUAAGGGAAUAAAACAAAGAACAAGGCGGGGAUUAACUUCGAUAAAACUGCAGGGCUAUCGCAACUAGUGUUGCCCUGUUGAUGGGCUAACCCGGCCUCCCCUUUUCGCCCCUCUUCACACUCCAUAGUCCAUCAAAACCCAAGAUCAAGUCGAGCCGUGCUUACUCGGAAGAGUUGCUGCCGAAAUUCUAUUUUGUUUUUCUCCCUUCCCGGGAGCGGAACCAAAGAACCUUGUGGCUACAAGAUCCAUUUUCUGGAUGAACCAUGGAUACUCAAUAGCUGAUCUUGAACCGGAUGCAGUAAGUCGCACGAGUAUCAAGCAAUUGGAACUGAUAAGGUAAUGAGAAUGCACGGAUAUCGAAGCUGAUCCGGAAGGUCGCAAUCGUCCAAGCAAUGGAGCGCAGCGAAUCUGGGGUGGAAUGCUCCGACUCGUGUCAAGAUAAGGAAUAACUGAGUUGGGCUUAGCUUGGAGCACACUUUUAUGCCCUGAACCUUAUGAUGAUGAGUGAGAAAUUAGUUGCUAUGAAGAAAGGAGAAGGGACAACUACCCCUAUAGCGACUCUGACCAUACCAGCUACCUCAGCAGCGUUGCUAGGCUUCCUUGGUUUCCUCUGCGAAACUAAUUGAAUCACUGAUCCAGAGAGAACAACACACGACUGAGACAGCCCUGGAGCAGUACCAUAGCAAUGCCAUUGCUACAUUGCAAGUGCCUCUCCCCCUUGAUUUACUUACUAGCUCCCUCUCCGCACAGUAGUAUCUGUUGUCGUCGAGGGGAACCUUUCUUAGUAUGGAACUUCGAGAAAUGGAACGCCUCAGGAACAAUGCAAGGAAGCCACCACAAACACACAAUGCGGGGUACAAAGGACAAGAAAGGAAUACAACCAACGAGAUUCAAUCAAUCAACGUCUGAAUCUUUCCCCGCUUCGUAUUCACUGAUUUCUAUCCUUCGUUGGUCUGUGGGAGAAAAGGAAAGGAAGUGCGCCACCGGAUUCCCCCACCUCGUAUAACCUCCCGUCUCGUUUCUUCCCCGCAGAAUAAACAUACAUUUCUGGAAUAGUGCGGGUCGAAAUGGACUUGCUUACCUUGCUUAUGCGCCUCAUCAAAAAGUCGCUGUGUGGUUGUUUGAGAAAAUGGUGUCGAGCUCAUUGCUACUGAAGAGAGGACUGAACAUAUAAUCGAUCCUAGAUCAUAAAGACUAGUUAUUUGCAGAGUAAGAGAGGGUAUUUCUGAUUUCA